CAAGGAAGAUAAACACUCUAGCUAUGCAGUGGCUGUUUUGUACUGCCCUAGUGCUUUUCGUGGCAAGCACUUAUCCUUCGCAAGCGGUCAGGAUAUCCGCUCUAGAAAUUGAGAGGCGCCCGGCGGCAAAGCAGGCCAAGAUUGGUUCUAGCUCCAGGAACUAUCCCAUCGAAUAUGUCCUGAUUCCGAGUGCUCGAGGUGGUUACACAAGGCGUUAUGUCCACAGUCUGGCCAAAGCCAAUCCUCCACAAACCACCGAACGGCCUUUGGUUCGUGUUUGGAACAGUUUCGUUCGCAGUGUCCAGCCCGCCUUCAGUUUCCGCAACUUGACCAAUCCACUGGCCAACUUCUUCAACGAUGGCAGUGCCAACAUCAUUGAGUCGUCGCCCGUCUAUCUGCAGACCUUCGAUGAGGAUCAGGAGCUUCUGCCGGAAGAACCCGCAACAGUGGCCCCACAAAAUUCCAACAAACGCAAGCGAAAGCGUCGCAAGCAACAAAAGCUCCAACCCAUCUACGACGAGGAGGAGAACGAUGAUGACUACAUUCCCUACAGUCCCUACUAUGCACCACCUCCCCCGCAGACAUCAGCAGAACCCAUGUUCUUCUACGAUUCAAACUCCGGCAACUACUACGGAGUCCAGCGCUUCAGCCCUGAGGAUUUCCAUGCUAGUUUCUACAACAACUUCAAUACUCAGCCGCAGAACGAUCCAGAAGAGGUGGAUAGCGAGCCAGAAGAGGUGGAUAGCGAGCCCGAUGAGGACACGUCCGUGGUGAGGAGGCUCAGCAACAGGAAGGUGACUCUACUGCGCCCGCUGCCUGUGGCAACGGUCAAGAGUCCAUCCCCGCACAGGUUAGCCGAAAUCAGCAAACCAGAAACGACCAAUCAGAACGAAGAUACAGUCAUGAAAACCGACAGCAGCGCACCGACCGAUGAAACGACUAAUGAUGAAGACGAUGGUGAUAUCGUCACCCACUCACCGCUCUCCGAGAGUAUGCGCAAUACUCUGGGCACGUACAUGCGCGACGAUCGCCACACCCGCCAGCGCCAGAGGCUCGCCAGCGAUGGAGCAGGAGCUCUUGAUUCUGGCGCCAAAAUUUCGCCCCGCUUUUUUCAACGGCGCCUCUUCCGGCUGGGCUAA